UGGCCAAGAUUUGACAGCAGAGAGCCAUGGACCAGAACAGCGCAGGGGAGGAGGGUGCCCUUCCAUCCGAGAUACACCUCUCUUCAUUUUCUGAGAGUCAAGGACUCAACUGCAGCAAUGCCCUCAACCAGGAUCUGGGUCCCAGCUCCCGAGACCUGCUCUAUGCUGGCCUGAGUGGUUUGGACAUGGACCCCAGCCUCCCAGCACCCAAUGUGCCCAGCAAGGUGCUGGAGGACAACUUGGAUGCUUUCUCCCUGUACUCUGGGGAGGACCGUGACUCCGUGAAGCUGCUGGAGAUGUAUGCAGACCCAGCAUCUCAGGCUUCUUUACAGGACCUGAGGCUGGGCAAGCUUCCGGUCCCUAAAGAGGCUGACGAAGGAGGCAGGGCCACCUCCGGGAGCGCAGGGAAAGAAGAGCAGCAUCACACUUGGCCUCAGAAGCUGCUUCUGGAUUGCAGCGUCUGCGGGAAGGUUUUCAGCAGCACCAGCUCUCGGAGCAAGCACUACCUCACGCACAGCCAGGAAUGGAAACACAUUUGCGGAAUCUGCAGCAAGGCCUUUAAGCGCAAGGACCACCUGACUAGGCACAUGCUCACCCACCAGAAGACCAAGCCCUUUGCGUGUAGGGAGCAGGGCUGCAGCAAGAGCUACUGUGAUGAUCGCUCCCUGCGCCAGCACUACGAGGUCCAGCACGGCUUGUGCGUCCUGAAGGAGGCCCCCCCUGAGGAAGAAGCCUGUGGGGACUCCUCUCCUGCCCACGAGGGGGCUGGCCAGCCUGCUGCGGAUGGCCUGCGGUCCCUGAUGCCUCCAGAAGCCAGGUCCUCAGGCCCCCUUUUGCCCAACCGAGAGCCCCUGCGCUCUAUUGUAAGCAGCAUGGUCCACCAGGAGAUCUCUUCUCUCGGCCCAGUCCUGGCCGGGCCCUCAGAUGACGGGGAAGGGAAAAACACAGCCUGUCCCUCCCCACCCUCACUGGGGCCUUACAGCUGCACCCCAGCGGCCCCAGGGACCCUGGGCACUGAUGUUCCUGAGGAGUGUCAUCCCCUGUGGAAGGAGCCUGCCACUGGGUUCACAGCCAUUCACUCCAGGGUAGCAGAGGAUGGUGGUCCACACCCAGCUGAGUUGGAGCGGCCACCCCAGCAACUGCCCUCCCUGGAGAGCUGGCAGGAGGCUGGGCCUUCGGUGGACCCCCCACAGGACUCAAAGCCCAAGCUGACGAUAUCCAACAGGAUCCAGGAUGGAAAUACCUACCGGCUCCCCGAUCCAGUGAAGGAGGAGAGCAUGGCAGCAGGCAGAUGUGACAAGUGGCUGUCACCUCAAAGGAAGCAGGACCAACAGGUGAAGGUGCGCGUGCAGCUGCCAUCUCUUCUCUGUCGGUGUUUGGGUGUCCGGCAUGGAGUUUUUCAAGCCUCUGAGACAGGCGCUGAGGCCGGAGGUGGAGGCACAGAGCCCCCCAGGAGCCUGGAAACCCUCGACGGCAUGAGCACAGCUCCUCUGGGGACGCCUGCGUCGGAGCCUGUGGGCCCAGUGAGCCAGCCCCCGGGGAGCACCGCCAAGGGACAAGACAGAGACAGCGAGGAGAGUAGCCAGCCCAGAAAGCGGAGAAAGUGCCUGCGGCCCAAGGCAUCGUUCCUGCCUCCCGCUCCUUAUGCCUUUGGGGAGCCGGGCCCCGAAGGAGGCCACCAGAGCUGCCUGUGGUUUCCGGUGCUCCUGGUGGACCACUCCCUGCAGGGACUGUUCCAGUGGUCUCCCAGUAUGCUGCCCCUGGAUGAUUCUGACAAAGUCAUCGGCAGCAAGCUUGAUCAACUGGAUGACUCUUCCGGCAGCCAUGUUAUAAAGGAUGACACCAAGCCCCACAUUCGAAUACGCAUCAGGAGAGGAAAGAAGUUUCAGGCCGAGAUCCCGGAGCUCCAGGAGCGCCCUACAGCCGAGACCAUUGAACAUGGAGCUUCUCUGGUCUGGAAGCCAUCGGACGAUGCAAUUAGCAAUCCAGAAACACAGGAUCAAGUGGAUGACUGUUUUGGCAUCUGUGCAAUCGAGGAUGACACCAAGCCCAGCAUUAGACCACACAUCAGGAUAGGAAGCGAGUUUCAGGCCGAGAUCCCGGAGCUCCAGGAGCGCCCUACGGCCGAGACCGUUACUGAGCUCUGCAAGAUGGCGUCCAGCGCGAUGCCAGGAGUUGGCACCAACCUGGAGCUCGCUCUGCACUGCCUGCACGAGGCCCAGGGCGACGUCCCGGUGGCCCUAGAGACCCUGUUACACGGAGGACCCCAGAAGCCGCUGACUCACCCUCUUGCCAACUAUCACUACGCAGGUUCAGACGUCUGGACCUCCCAGGAGAAGAUUCUGUUUAAUAAGGCAUUCCAGGCUCAUAAGAAGAACUUCCACUUGAUACACAAGAUGGUAAGGUGUAUGUGGGUGGGCUGGUGUAGACAAGGCCUCGACUCACACCACUGAGCCGAGCUAGAGCUGGAGGGCCUAUCGGGGUGACACGCUGUUCACACUGUAAACAGUUGGUAAUUUAAAAAAGCCACUGAUGUGAACAACUCCAGACAGUACAGGAAUGCCAUCACGUGCUCAAAGCCCUCCGCACCCAUCCCCGUCGUCCUACUUCUGAAUGAUGACCUCUGACUUUGGCUGGGCACCUCAGGCAUUUCUUUCCCUGUACAGAUCUUACGUGCAUAUACGCAUGUAUUUAGAAAAGGAUGCGAUCAUACUACACUUCAUGUCUGCUGAUGUUUUUUGUUCUUUUAACUUGAUAAACACAAAACUGCACGUAACAAAAAUGUACUAUUUCAUGUUUUGACAUAUUUAUACCUGCAAAACCAUCACCAUAGUCAAGAUAAUAAACACAUUCAUCACCCCCAAAAGUUUCCUCCUCCCCUUGGUAAAUUCCUUUUUCCUACCACCCCUGUCCCUCCCUAAUCACCUCCUUAUCUUCUUUCUGUCACUCUAAAUUAGUUUGCAUUUUCCAGAGUUUUCUAUCUGUCCUGCAGCAUGUGCACUGCUUGUCUGCCUUGUGUGUCUUCUUACACUCAGCAUCAUUAUUUUGAGGUUCAUCCAUCUUAUUGUGUGGACCCUUUUUCUUGCUGCGGAGUAUUCCAUUGUGUGGACGUAACAGUUCAUUUAAUCAUUCACCUAUUGAUGGACAUCUGUGUGGUUUCCACGUUAUCUGCAAUUAUAAAUAAAGCUUCUGUGUACAUUCACAUUCAAAUCUCUACAUGAACAAGUACUGCUGGUGGGGGGUAGGGCAGCAAAUACUUAGGAAAGGAAUCAGUGGCUCACAUGGUAGGUGUACAUUUAACUUUUCAAGAAAGUGCCAAACUUACGCAAAGGGGCUGUACCAUUUCACAUUCCCACUGGCAGGUACAAGAGUUCCAGUUGCUCCACAACAUCUCCAGCACUUGAUAUGGUCGGUUUUUUUAAAUCGUAGCCAUUCUAAUGAGUAUGCAGAGGUAUCUCACUGCAUUUCCCCCUGACUAAUGUUGCUGAACAGCUUUUCAUGUGCUUGUUUGCUAUCUGUGAGCCUUCUUUGGUGUCUGUUUGCUUCUUUGCCUUUGUUUUCACUGGGAUGUUUGUGUUUUUAUUGAGUUGUAGAAGUUCAUUAUUUGUUCUGGGCACAAGUUUUUUAUCCAGAUAUAUGCUUUGCAAGUAUUUUCUCCCAAUCUGUAGCUUUUUAGUCUUUUAACAGUGUCUUUUGAAGAAAGUUUUAAAUUUUAAUUAAAUUCUAUUGAUUAAUUUUUCUUUCAUGGACCAUGAUUUUGGUGUUGUAUCUAAGAAAUCUUUGCCUAACCCAAAGUCACAGAGCUUUUCCUCUAUGUCUUCUUUGAGAAGCUUUAUAGUGUUAGGCUUUACAUUUAGAUGUACGGUCCUUUCGGGGUUAGUUUUUGUAUGUAGAGCAUGGUAUGGAUUGCAGUUCCAUCUUUUCCUGUGGAUAUUUAGUUGUUCCAGUGCCUUUUGUUGAAGAGGCCAUAUUUUCUGCACUCAGCUGCCUUUGUACCAUGUCAGAUAGCAGUUGGCUGUAUAUGUAUGGGUUCUUUUUAUAUGUAUUGUUGGAUUCUACUUGUUAAAACUGUCUCUGGAAUUUCCCCCGUGUCCAUGGUGGGUACUGGCCUGUAGCUGUCUCUCCUGCGGUGCGUUUAUCUGGCUUUGGGAUGGGGGUAGUGCUGACCUUGUGGAAU